CUCCUGGAGCCCCUGGAGGACGGCUCUCCUGCGCGCUACUGCUCCCUGCUCCUAUAGUAACUCGGUUAGGGAUCGUGCCAAAAUUGGGUCCGAUUAUUGAAGGAUUCACGAGGCGAUAUUGUAAAUCUAAAUAAUUUAAACAAAAAAAUUCCUGUGUACAAAUCAUGUAUAAGACGACACGUCAGAGGAUGCUUUCUACGUUAUUGUACCAUAAAGGAAUUGUCAGGGGAAUAACGAACACCUCGAUGCGAAAAAAUCCGCACUACGUGCUGAGCUACAUUUUCCUGGAAUAUCUGCACCGUAGAUUUCAAAGAAUGUCCACGCAGGAUCUCGAGUGGGCCACAUUGCCGGACGCGGCUUUAAAACGUAUACUGGGCGAUCCGGAAAUUACGUGGAACGAAUACGUCGAUUGUGAUUCCUGUGCGGUAGCAAAUGUACAACUUUCGAGGAAAUCGCCAAAUUCCGCCUGGUUCAACGUGUGCUCGAUGGCGUCAAUGACGAAAUAUAAAUUAAUGAUUUUAUCCGUGCCGGAUAUUGGUGAAAACAUUGUCCUAAUCUCUGAAACGAUGGAGCGCAAUCUGCGAAAAGCUCUUCGCUGCGAACAACUGGACGGCUCGUGUUUCAUGCUACCGUUGGAAGACGACGCGAUCGAGUUUGCGACCGAGGCGAGAAUAUCCUUAAUCGCCAAUCCGUACGAUUGCCCGACCGAAACGCUAGACGUCAUGUUACAAAAUUACUUCUUACAUCCCCGAUUUUUGCACGUGAACGAUAUGUUCAGGAUCGACACGAAGGAACACGCUCAGGAUCAAUUUUACUCGUCUGGUUCCUUGAGAAUCUCCGCGAUGUAUUUUAUAGUUAGAGCUUUAAAAGUGAAUCGUAACGGGCACAGCAGUAGCGUUAACAGUUGCUACGUCGUGCGCGGAGAGUCAACGCUCAUUCAGGAAGCGCAAGUUCACGAUUAUAUUCCUCGGGAACGUGUUUACUCGCUUCCCGAUAGCGCACUUUUACGGCGAAACGGAGUGGCGCAAAAAUCGCUGAAUCGCAAAUAUCCGUCGGCUCUAAUGGAACCCUUGGAACAUUUAGAAUCUUGCAUUACGCCGUUUUUGAAAAAGGACGUCCGAUUGAACGUGAGACCGGUAUUUCUUGUGAAAGGACCGCGGGGUUGCGGUAAACACGAGUUAGUUCGAGCAGCAUCCAAGAGAUUGGGAUUGAACUUCCUCGAUGUUGACUUCGUGGAGGUGCAGACUUUAACGUCAGCGCAGACCGAAGCUAAGCUUCGCAUAACGCUGCAAAAUGCGCAACAAUGCGUGCCAUGUAUACUAUAUUUAAAUAAUGUUCAAAUAUUCGGUAAGACUGCCGAAGGCCAGAAGGAUGAAAGGGUCAUAUCUGCCUUCUCGGCAGAAAUCACCGCGUUGUACAACAGACGCCGAAAAUUUCCUCUGAUUAUCGUAGCCGCGUCGGACGAGACUGAUAUACCCGCGGAACUGCAACGGAUAUUUAUCGAGACGAUUCACGUGAAGCAUUUAAAUCAGAACAAACGAGCGGAACUGAUAUCUUGGCUGCUGUCUAACAGGAAUCUGACAACUACCGCGGAUCUAUCAAAAGUAGCUGGUCUUUGCUCGGAUUUUAAAUUCGCGGAUCUAUUAGCGUUGUCACUGCACGCAGCUAAAUUUCGGUGCAAAUUAACGUCGCACGGUCAAAAGUGCAUAUUUCCCCUGGAACAAGAAGAUUUCGAUCGAGCUUACGAAUAUAUGCAGUCCGUAUACUCCGAUAGCAAAGGCGCUCCACGCGUGCCGGAAGUUCACUGGGAAGACAUAGGCGGUUUGGCAGAAUUAAAACACGAGAUUAUGCGCAGGAUUCAGUUGCCUCUAUUAAACGCUUUCGGUUUUGGACAAUCCGGAUUACUAUUAUAUGGCCCGCCCGGUACCGGAAAGACUCUUCUCGCUAAAGCAGUAGCGACGGAGUAUCAGAUGCACUUUUUGUCGAUUAAAGGCCCGGAAGUCCUAAAUAUGUAUGUCGGUCAAAGCGAGAAGAACGUAAGACAAAUUUUCGAGCGCGCGCGUUCCGCGGCCCCUUGCAUCGUCUUUUUCGACGAGCUGGACUCGUUGGCGCCCAAUCGAGGUAGAAGCGGGGACAGCGGCGGCGUGAUGGACCGCGUGGUUUCCCAGUUACUCGCCGAGAUGGAUGGCCUCGAGGAGUCCGGCAGUAUAUUCAUCAUAGGAGCUACGAACAGGCCCGAUCUCAUAGAUCCCGCGCUGCUUCGACCGGGAAGAUUCGAUAAGAUGCUCUACGUUGGUAUCCACUCUGAUCGCGCGUCUAAACUCAGCGUCUUGGAGGCGCAGACACGUAAAUUCGAGUUCCGAGAGAGCGGACGGGAAUUGGAACGGGUCGUGGAUCGAUUGCCCGACAACGUCACCGGCGCGGAUUUAUACUCGGUCUCUUCCAACGCGUGGCUCAACGCCGUACGCGAGAUGCUUGCAAAGCAUCAGAAAAUCGAGAAAACCAAUAAGGAUCACCCCGUCGAAGAGGAAGAUGUAAUUAAGGACAAUGUUAUCGUGGAAUUGCGCCAUUUUUCAGAUGCUAUUUGCGAUUUAGUACCGUCAGUUACUGACGAAGAGAUAAAAAGAUAUAACAGAAUGCGGGUAGAAUUAUCAUCGUCGUAAUUCCGGAAUCGUUUCCUAAGGAAUAGUACAAAAUAUAUUUCUAGUUCUUAGGGUUUCUCGGUAUUUUAAAUAAUAAAUAACGAGACAAAUUGUAGAACACAUUGUAUAUAAUGUAAUAGAAUGUAACGAGUGGUUUGUCUGUAAAAAGGUAUAUAAUCUCGCAAUGAAACAACGCGCGAUGUUAUAAACGACAUGUUAUUUUAUUUCGAGAAGUAUGUAAAACAAUUUUUACAGCGAAUAAUUAAAACGAAGGAGUCAAUCUAC